UGAUAUGCAGUAAAUAGCGCUGGACCGCUAAUGCUGUAACCAUAAACAGCAGUUUUGUUUUGAUAUCAUCCUAUAUACGAAGCUGACUCUAGAUGUGUUGGAUCAGUAUAUUAUCAUCAACCGCAGCGACCAAAACAAGAGUGUUUGUAUCAACGAUUUGGUGCCCUUAAUAUGACUUAAAAAUGGUGGAAAAGUACAUUUUAGUGAUGGAUAUGUGCAAAUUUGUGAUCCUAUUAGUGUUAUACUUUUCGUCUUGUUCGUGUUAUCCCGCAAAACCCUUAAACGAAAGAUCGCCGGAUCUCACCUGGGAAGCCUGGUUGUUAGUCGACGACCAAAACCAAAAUAAACAACUGUCAGACGGAGUGCUACGCAGAAGAAUAACCCCUAAAUCAGUUUUUAUAGCACCAACUUUUAGCCCAGAAUCUUUACCAGCUUGUGCAGAAGGUUAUAGUUCGGAUCAUUUGGGCAGGUGUAUAAAAAUUAUUAAACUGGACCAAGCUGCUCAGUACGAGUUUCUUAUAGAAAAGUUGAAAGAGAAAUUUACCCCAGUGGAUUAUGAUGACGACUAUUACGACGAGGAGCUUCCUACCCCUGGACCUUUUCAAGUAAAUAUCCCUCUCGAUACGCAAAGUGAUCAGAGCGAUGAUACUAUUGAAGAAUCAGACGUUGCUAUUAUAGUAUCUCCUACAAAACCUCAGUAUAGUAUCCAAAAAGGUAAUGUAGACAAAAGAGAUGGUGAUACAGCAGAGAUAGCAGAUCAAGAUCUUCAAGAAGAGCAGCUUAAGCAUCUUGCCGAAACCACUACUACCACUAUAAUACCCUCAACGGAAAAGAUGACAACUUUUCUAACCCAAACUACUGACGGGAUAACAGAGACAACUGAACCUAUUAUUAGUACAACAAUAAUUAGUACUACAGUUGCAGAAACUACUUUAAACACUGAUUGGACAACAGAAACUAAGAUGACAACCUCAUCACCAAAACCAGUAUCUGUGGACUCUUCUGUAGCUGAAGCUAAUAUAGUGCGGUUUCCUGACGAUGCAGAACCAAAAACUCAUGUGAGAUUUCCUAGUGCUAUUGGUGCGGAAGCCACCCAAAUUCCUCCUUCUGUAAAUAUCGAUCCCCGAUCUCUCGACACCCGACAGUCUGAUGAACCUAUCGUUGAUUUCGAUUUGAUAAACUUCCGAGAACCACAGCCUCAAGAGAACAAUUCGAAUAGAAGAAACCGAGAGAAAAACAACGGGUUGUUUUUUCUACCACCAAGAUGGACUGACAGCACAUAUCAGCGACCGGUGGUCCUAAGGUUCUCCAGAAAACACGGUUAUCUGGACAUGGAACAAUUCAAAAAACCAAACUACUACAGGUCUAUUCCCACUGAUGAUUUUGCUUACCUGUUCAAAUUCAAACAUAAACAGUCAGAUCAGAGGUGAUCAUUUAUGUAAUUACUUUUUGUAAUGUAUAGGUAUUUAUCUUGUGUAUAGAUUAGAAUAUUUUACUGUAUCAGUACCUUAUAUUUCGAUGUUUAUUAGGGUGGUUUUAUGUAAAACUGUAGAAGUGAGAAAGCUUUAAAUCGAAUAUGUGCCUCUAAGGUUCUAUUGAGAAAUUAUUUAAAAACUAUUUGC